AUGAGAUCCGUUGCUUAUUUCGUCAACUGGGCCAUCUAUGGUCGCAAUCACAAUCCCCAAGACUUGCCCGCAGACAAAUUGACCCAUAUUCUGUAUGCGUUCGCCAAUAUUCGCCCGGAAACCGGCGAAGUAUAUUUGACCGAUAGCUGGUCUGAUGUUGAGAAGCACUACCCCGGCGACUCAUGGAAUGAUUCGGGUAACAAUGUUUACGGAUGCAUCAAGCAACUCUACCUCCUGAAGAAAGAGAAUCGCAAGCUGAAGGUUCUUCUGUCCAUCGGUGGCUGGACCUACUCUUCAAACUUCGUUCAGCCUGCCAGCACCGCAGAGGGACGAGCUAGAUUUGCCGAGACGGCGACUCAGCUUGUUCUCGACUUGGGAUUUGAUGGAAUUGAUAUUGAUUGGGAGUAUCCCCAAAAUGACGAUCAGGCCCAAAACAUGGUUGAAUUGCUCCAAACCUGCCGAGAGCACCUCGACCAAGCCGCAGGCCCAGACCGCAAGUUCUACCUGACCAUCGCUUGCCCCGCAGGCCCAGACAACUUCAAUCGUCUACACCUUUCCGAUAUGAAUCAAUUCCUAGAUUUUUUCAACCUCAUGGCAUACGACUACGCCGGCAGCUGGGACUCAAACGCGGGUCACCAAGCAAACAUCUAUCCCGAUAGCGGCAACUCAGCUUCAACACCUUUCUCCACCCAGACCGCGAUAGACCACUAUGUUAAUGCCGGUGUACCCUGUGACAAGAUUGUGUUAGGUAUGCCACUGUACGGCCGUGCAUUCACCAACACUGACGGGCCGGGCAAGCCGUAUAACGGCGUUGGCGAAGGAAGUUGGGAAAACGGGGUCUGGGAUUACAAGGCGUUGCCGCGCCCUGGAUCGGAGGAGCUGCUCAUUCAACAUAUUGGGGCUUCUUGGUGUUAUGAUGCUGGGUCACGCACUAUGGUAUCUUAUGAUGACCCACAGACGAGUAGGUUGAAGGCCCAGUAUGUGCAGCAAAACCAGCUUGGUGGUGGAAUGUGGUGGGAGAGUAGUGGUGACAAGGGAGGGAAGGCUGCGAAUGCCGAUGAUGGCAGCUUGAUUGGUACAUUUGUUGAUGCCGUUGGUGGAACCGAGGCUCUGGAGCAGUCAUGCAACGCGCUUGACUUCCCCGAGAGUAAGUACGAUAACUUGAGGAACGGGAUGCCUUGA